AGUUCCAGAAGAGAAAAGAGUGACUAACUUUACUGCCAUGCUGCAGUGCUCAAACCACGUCAAUCUCCACAAGAAUUCUACUCUCAUGUCUAGACUUAUAUCUAGACAACUUUUUUGCAAAAUAAUUAUUGGCAAUGAGGUGAGACAGGAUGACUAAUUUCAAGAUUUGCCAACGGGACGCCCCGGAGAGCGCCGAGCAGGAGGACACCGCAGAGAACCUUCCGGAAGACAAGGAAGCAGACACGGAAAAGCGCCAGCCUCCAAGUCAGAGCGGGAAGCCGAACAAGAGGAAGACAACGCUCUCGGCCGAGAGGAAGACCACGCUCUCGGCCAAGAGGAAGAAAAAGACUCCACAGAAAGAAUGCCUCAUCGCUCCGGAGGAAAGGGAGGAGGGCGGCGACAAGGAGCCCAAGCCCAAGAGGAGGAGAAAGAAGAAGACCAUCUCCGACGUCCUGGCCACCUCGGAGCCCAAGGCGGGGGGCCCGGUGGACCUCCAGAACCUGGUCCUGGAGCACUACUCCGACACGCGCUCCGUCAUCGAGCUGGAGGAGCUGAAGCUGCCGGAUUCCUGCUUCCUGGCGAGCAAUGACCUCACCCACAGCCUGUCGUCCUACUUAAAGGAAAUUUGUCCCAAGUGGGCGAAGAUCCAGAGGCAGCACACAGAGAAGAGGUCUCUCGCCCUGCUGAUCGUCUGCAGCUCCGCCCUGCGCACCAUAGAGCUCAUUAAGCUGUUGACCGCCUUCAAAGGAGAAGCCAAAGUUAUCAAAUUAUUCGCCAAACACAUAAAGGUGGAGGAGCAGGUGAAGCUCCUGGGUAAAGCGGUGACGCACAUCGGCGUGGGGACACCGGGGAGGAUCAAAGCCCUGAUGGAGAAAGACGGGCUGAGUCUGAAGGGGCUACGCUACCUGGUGCUGGACUGGAACUGGAGGGACCAGAAGCAGAGGAGGAUGGUGGAUGUUCCCGAGGUUAAAGGUGACUUGUUGAAGCUCCUGGAGGCUGGGAUUAUGAAAGGCUGCCAGGAUGGAGGCAUCAAACUGGGCCUAUUCUGACCUACUCCCCCCCCCAUGCAGAUAUUGGACUGGAGUCAGUCAACGUUCUGAUUUAUUUUGAAUAAAAAAAGAAAUUGAAGUGCUAUAUUUUUACAUAUGUUGUACAAAUGUUGAUUGAAGUCAAGUGAUACAAGAUGUCGUCCUGCUGUUAGCUGGACAGUCCUGGUCCUGUUCUGCACUCCGAUCAGUGGAACAGAAUGGAGUGCAUUUGUGACUGAUUCCCAGAGAGAAGUUCAUGUUUCUACUAACAGCAGAUACACAAUAAAAAAACAAAUGGCUGCUACAGAAAUCUUAAAAUGCCGUACAACAUCUGCAGCCAAUAAAAGUCAUGGUUACUUACUCCCUACAAUAAAUUACCACGGUGGCCCCUUUUGUAACUGUCCCAUGUUGUUACCAGUGCGUGAAAACUUGUGAAAAACUUUUAAGGCAAAUAAAAGUGUGUGAACGAG